AUGAUAUUGAAAUCAACGGCUCAGCAGCUUCAACUCACUGGGAAGCAGGAUUCCAUUCUCCUUACAACAAUAAGUCAAGAAUCAGUGCACUGUAGUGGACAAUCUGUGAAACUCCAGAUUUCGUCAGCAGACCAGCCAGCCAAUAGGUUUGACAUCGACAAUGCCUUCACUGCAGACAAUCUAUGCAUGUCAGAGUACACAUAUCCCAUAGAGGAUAUGCAGCAGUGCUGGACUCAUCUGGAAAACCUUCCUCUACCAAAGAUAAAUGGAGCAGUGCCUUGUAUUCUGAUAGGAUCCGACAACUCAAAGCUGAUCUUGCCUAUAGAGCCAGUACGCUUUGGUAAUUCAGAUGCUCCUAGUGGUGUCCACACCAACCUUGGCUGGACUGUCCAAGGUCCGUCGAUGAUGCUAGGGCAGACGAAGAGGAACACUUGUCUGCUGAACCAGACUCGACCAGCUGAUCUCUCGCCAUCUCACUGUGUGGAGAGACUUUGGCAAUUGGACACUCUUCCCUUUACGAGUAAACAGGUCAUUCGCUCCAAACAGGACAAGAUGGCACUGGAAAUACUAGAUUCUCAGACCACAAGAAUUGAGGUGGAUGGCGUAAGUCACUACGCAACCCCACUCUUACGCUCUCAUGAUGGUACCCGUUUCAAUGCCAGGGUGGAAGCUGUUCUCCCAACUCUGAAGCGUACUGAACGACGACUAAAGGACAAUUCUGAUAUGGCCAGAACGCACAAUGAGGCUAUUCGGAAGCUUGAUGAAUCUGGAUUUGUGAAAAAACUCACUGAUGACGAGAUAAGAGAUUCGAAAGAGUCCUGGUACAUCCCUCACCAUGUGGUUGAACAUAACGGAAAACAUCGCCUUGUGUUCAAUUGUUCAUUCGAGUUUGAAUCUAAAAAUCUUAACAAUCACUUGUUAGCAGGCCCUACCAUUGGAUCAUCACUUCUAGGAGUGCUUCUCCGGUUCCGACAGCAUGCAGUGGCAGUAACUGCCGACAUCAAAGCUAUGUUCCACCAAAUCAGACUGCUUCCACCUGAUCGACCCUUGCUUCGUUUCCUGUGGCGAGACAUGCAAUGCGAUCGUCCACCAGACGUGUAUGAAUGGCAAGUUCUGCCCUUUGGUACUACCUGCUCCCCCUGCUGCGCAAGCUAUGCACUGUUGAAACAUGCAGCUGAAAACCAGACAGGCAAUGAGGAAGUGUUCAAAUCAGUGAGUGAAUCCUUCUAUGUAGAUAACUGUUUGGACAGUUUCGAGAACCAAACUCAGGCAAAGCAGCUUGUCACCAAGAUGCGAAAUGUGCUCACAGACGGUGGAUUCAACAUAAGACAGUGGGCAAGUAAUGUUCCUGAGGUUGUCGCCGAUCUCCCUGCUGAAGCGAGGUCCGAGGCUGCAGACCUGUGGCUCAACUUUGGACAGGGUGAACCUAGAGAACCGACUUUGGGCUUACGCUGGGACUGUCAGUCAGAUGAACUUACCUACAAACACAGAAAUGUAGACUACCCCAAUUUAACCAUGAGAAUGGUAUACAAAGUGCUAGCAAGCCAAUAUGACCCCAUCGGGUAUCUGUCACCGUUCAUUGGACAAGCCAAGGUCAUAGUACAAGACUUAUGGAAGUCAAAGAGAAACUGGAACGAUUCCAUUGAAAAUGGGCAACUUCGUGACAGGUGGCUUGCUUGGGAAAGUGAGCUGGGACUCAUCCCUCUGAUUACUCUACCAAGGUGCUAUAUUCCUCAAGGGUUUGAUCCAGACGAUUCAACUACACAAUUACACAUCUUCUGUGACGCAUCCGAAAGGGUAUAUGGAUCAGUCGCCUAUUUGCGCUCAGAAGAUCGACAUGGAAGGGUUCAUGUCAGCUUCGUGAUGUCCAGAUCCAAGGUUGCACCGAAGAGACAGUUAACCAUACCACGGCUAGAGCUGUGUGCAGCUCUGACAGGUGCUCAGUUAGCAGACCUGUUGCAGUGUGAAAUAACGCUACCAAUCCAAGCUACUUAUCUAUGGAGUGACUCUACUACUGUGCUCACAUGGUUGCAGUCUGAAUCUUGCAGAUACAAGGUAUUCGUUGGAGCCAGAGUAGCUGAAAUUCAGAACCUCACCGACACACAUUGCUGGAGGUAUGUGAACACACAGCAAAACCCAGCUGAUGAUAUCACUCGAGGCCUGAGUGUCAAAGACCUUGUUGAAGAAUCCAGAUGGAGAAAUGGACCUGCCUUCCUCCGACAGUCAGCAGAUGAAUGGCCUGAAUCUCCAUCAACAGGCAGUGACGAGCCAGCAGAACUUAGGAAAUCUGCCAUGUUGUCAACGAUUGUGACAAAGACACCCACUUUGCCUGACCCAACACAGUAUGAAUCUUGGGAAGUAUUCAUCUCCGAUGUAAAUGAAGCCCUUGACGGGGGCGGCCCCUAA